AUGAAGAGUUGGUUUUGCAUCGUUCUGAACACAGCAGUGAAGAAGCAGAGGCACCUCUUCCCAAAAGGCGCCGGAAUCCUACGGCAUCAACGGAUCCGUCGCGGGACCCGCCCACCCCCCGGGGGUGUGCAGCACUUCUUAAGCUCUAGCCCCCAGGGGCCACCUCUGCAGCCCGGACUCUUCGUGGAGCUGGCAAGUUCUGGGACUGAAAGCCAGGCUUGCACGGCCGCCAGGGGCCACUCGGGCCUGGAGCCCCGGAACCCAGCACAGCCCUCCCUCGGCCCUUCCCCGCCGUCAGGACGAGGGGCGCUGCCACCCCAGCCGGGACCCUGCGCCUCCCCGCCCCCGAUUCCCCUCAGGCCGCGCAAGUCGGCCCCUCCCCACCCACGCCAGGCCGAGCAAGCCGAGCGGAGGGCAGGGGCGAGACGAAGGGCCAAAGUUCCCCGGACUAAGACGCCGCGCGCAGGUCUUCCUACACAUCAGCUGCGGCUCUGGGAGAACGCCUGCGCCUCAAAGGAAACGUCUUGGAUGGAUGCCCAACUGCUACCAAAACCGGUGAGGGUAUCGCUCACCUCUGCAUCCUCGGUGUCUACAAGAGCGCCUGGCAUAUGUUUGUAUAUAUAGCUAUCUGGGGACCGGUCCAGGUCUUGCCUGGAUAGGAGCUGG